AAUUGUUGCAGUCAAAGGAAAGUAGAAGAAGUGAAGAGUAUUAACAGAAACAAAAAGGAGGAGAACAUUUUUUGAAGAAUGAGAUUAUGCACACAGGUCUAAACAGAUGAAUAAAUAUGGAACAAGUCUGCUGAUUGUAGGUGUUGAGAUGUGUGACCAGAAACAUGGCCGUGGUCUCAGAGACGAUAACGAGCUUUGGGUCAGUGAUGAGCCUGAGUCCGAGAACAGAUCCGGCACGGUGAUCUUUGACCCUGAGCUGGAUCACAGUGAUGAAGAUGAGGAUGAGGAGCCCUGUGCUCCAGCUGUUCUUGGUCAGUUCAGUCUGAGAGAAGGGGGCUCGGCCUUCUCCCACCGCACACACAGCAUCUUCGACUGUUUGGAUAAAGUGGUCCCGCAACCCUCACCCCCGUUCUCCUCCACCUCCACCUCCACGUCCACAUCCACGUCUACCUCCUCCACGUCCACCUCCUCCACGUCCAUCUCCUCCUCCUCCUCCUCCUCCUCCUCCUCCUCCUCCUCCUCCUCCUUCUCCUUCUCCUCCUCUCUGAACCAGCAGAGAGAUGGAGUGUUCGCUAAGCCUCUGCCUCCCAGCAGGAAGACCAGCCAACCUCCACUCACCCCCCCUAAUCCUGCCAAGAAGAAAUGGACCCCGGACUACCUGCUGCACCCAGAGCGCUGGACCCACUACAGCCUUGAGGGCAUCAACGAGACCAGUGACCGUGGCAAUGCCAUGGCUGCCUUCAACUUCCUGUCAGAACUGCAGGACAGGAAGGAGGAGCAUGACAGGAAGGAGGAGCAGGGGAAGGAGGAGGAGGAAAAGGAGAAGAAGGAGGAAGAGGAGCAGAGCCGCAGUGACUCCUCUCCCUGUGAGCACAAGAUAAUCUUCUGCAGACCGAAAAUAAUGAGGAAAGAAAUUGCUCCAGAGAGGAGCAGAGAGAAGGAGAAGAACCUCAGUCACCUGCAGGAGGAGGAGGAGAAACACACUGAGGCUGGAACAGAGAAGGAGACAAGUAAAGGCGAGGAGGAGGUAGAGAAGGCUCCCCCUGUGUUCACCUCCUUCAGGAAGAUACGGAGUAAGAACUACAGAAGGAGCUCAGAGGGGGAGGAGAACUGAACAUGACUCUUAUUCUAAAAGAUUAAAACCUGUUCUCUGAUUGGUCAGCUUCAUUGACCACUCGGGUUCACCUGCUGCUCUGAUGACGGUGUGGGCAGGGUCAGGAAUGCACCCUGUCUACCUGCAGCCCCACCCACCAGCGAUGUCAGAGAGUGUGGAGGUGUACCUGAGUGUCAGAGAGGUGAUGUGUUAGAGCUGAGGUCAGUUUUUAAAAAUAGUCAAGAUGUCAGCCUGAGACUGGACUGUUCAGACCUCUGGAGACUGAUAAAGACCUCCGAGGGCUCAGAGAUGUCACUGAUGAAGAUUCAUUUCUGAACAAAUAAUAAAGAAGACUAUCAGACCUGGGAAGGAGUUUUUAAUUAUUUUGUUGUUGAUGCUGUGUAUGUUUAAAAUGUGCCCCUUCUUCAUUAAAGGACUGAUUUGGA